CCAAGGGUGAAGAGCGUGUGAGGGGCAGGACCGGAAAGGGGUGUUUUUUUCUUCCUUUUGCGCUCUGGCGGUGCACGUUCUGCAUUCUCUCGUCCUGUUACUGGGUUUCCAGUACCCAGCUCCCGGGUCAGCUUUCCCUUGAGGUUUGGAGGUAGCGGUUGCUGCCCUACGUGGGAGCGAGGCGUAAGCCCCUCUUCGGCCCAGCCAACCCUGCGCCUGGCCCGCUCAUCCAUGGGCCCAACCCGGAAGCCCAACGUGUGCCGCCGGCUGAGUCGCCGGGCGCUUGGCUUCUUCGCGCGCGACGCAGGCGUGGUGCAGAGGACGAACCUGGGCAUCCUGCGGGAGCUAGUGUGCCAGGAAAGUACUAAAUUUAAGAAUGUUUGGACAACUCAUUCCAAGUCACCUAUAGCUUAUGAGAGAGGAAGAAUAUAUUUUGACAAUUAUCGGUGCUGUGUUAGCAGUGUUGCCUCAGAGCCAAAAAAACUUUAUGAAAUGCCAAAAUGUUCCAAAUCAGAAAAAAUAGAGGAUGCUUUGUUAUGGGAAUGCCCCGUGGGGGAAGUACUUCCUGAUCCAUCAGAUUAUAAAUCCUCACUCAUAGCAUUGACUGCUCAUAAUUGGCUGCUUCGUAUAUCAGCAACUACAGGAAGAAUCCUUGAGAAGAUCUAUCUUGCUUCUUAUUGCAAAUUCAGGUACUUGAGCUGGGACACUCCUCAAGAAGUCAUAGCAGUCAAAUCUGCUCAGAACAAAGGCUCAACAGUGGCCCGGCAGGCAGGCAUUCAGCAACCCAUUUUGUUGUACCUUGCAGUGUUCCAAGUUCUACCUUUUUCUCUUGUAGGGGUGCUAGAGAUCAACAAAAGGAUUUUCGGGAACGUUACAGAUGCUACUCUGUCUCAUGGAAUACUGAUUGUGAUGUACAGCUCAGGACUGGUCAGACUCUAUAGCUUCCAAGCCAUCACUGAACAGUUCAUGCAACAGAAACUUGACUUAGGGUGUGCAUGCAGAUGGGGUGGGACUACUGGAACUGUAGGAGAGGCUCCUUUUGGCAUUCCUUGUAAUAUUAAAAUCACAGACUCACCACCACUGCUCUUUGAGGUGUCAUCCCUGGAGAAUGCUUUUCAGAUUGGAGGCCAUCCUUGGCACUACAUCAUCACACCCAAUAAGAAGAAACAGAAAGGAGUUUUCCAUAUUUGUGCUCUAAAAGAUAAUUUGUUGGCAAAAAAUGGGAUCCAAGAAAUGGAGUGCUGUUCUUUGGAAUCUGACUGGAUUUAUUUUCAUCCUGAUGCUUCUGGUAGAAUAAUACAUGUUGGCCCAAAUCAAGUCAAAGUUUUAAAGCUAAAUGAAAUAGAAAAUAACAGUUCUCAGCAUCAGAUCUCUGAGGAUUUUGUCAUUUUGGCCAAGAGGGAGAACAAAAAUGAAAAUUUAGUCACCAUUACAGCUUCUGGACGGGUGGUCAGAAAAUGUUUUAACCUUCUGGAUGAUGACCCAGAACAAGAGACUUUCAAAAUUGUGGACUAUGAAGAUGAGUUGGAUUUGCUUUCUGUGGUAGCUGUUACGCAAAUUGAUGCGGAAGGAAAAGCGCACCUGGAUUUCCACUGUAAUGAAUAUGGAACUUUACUUAAAAGCAUUCCACUAGUGGAGUCAUGGGAUGUGACAUACAGCCAUGAAGUCUACUUCGACAGAGACUUGGUGCUACACAUAGAACAGAAACCAAACAGGGUCUUCAGCUGCUAUGUUUACCAGAUGGUAUGUGACCCUGGAGAAGAAGAAGAAAUCCUAAACAGAAGUUGUUAAAAGGAGUGAGAUAAUUGUAACUUAUGAAACUUUUACCCCAACAACCCAGCAGCUGACUCCAGUCCUCCUUUAUUAUCUGCAUGGCACAUUCUGCAGUAUUUUCCAAAAAAGGUUUUGAGUUGACUGUGUAUGAUGAAAGCUUUUGCCAUAGAAGGUACUGAGGACUUGAUUUUAUGUAAAGUUUUGUGUUUUUUUUAAGAAUGUUGUCCCAAGAAGUCUAGCUUUUUUGGACUUUUAGCUAGGUGCUGAUGGAAAUAUAAAAUGCUGAAAGCAGAAAAGGACAGGUUAAUUCCAGUUGGUAUGGAGAGUGUCAUUGAUAUGGAGCUGUUUAAUACAGUUCUUAAAGGAUGGUAUGGAAUUGUGAUUGGUAAGGAUAGGAAAGAGACAAAAUAGAUACGUAUCAUAGAUACAGAAAAAAUUCUAUUUGUACCAAAUUUUGCUUGAGGAUAAGAAAUGGGAUGUAUAAUAUGAAAACAUACUUUUGAGCCAAAAUUGUGGCAUCAGAGAUUUUAAAACUCAUAUAUAUGUAUAUAGGAUUUUGUAUUUGUAUACAGUAUCAAGGAUUGAUUCCCAAAUUACUUUUCUUCCAUGGUUUUAUUCUCUUGGCUUGAUGUCCCAUUGAGUGUUUAUGCUUGUAUUGUAGACUAAUAUAAAAGAUUCCAAGGAAACCUUAAUGAAAUUUUAUCUGAUAUGUAGUCUUUUUAACUCAACACAUCUAAGGAUGCUCUCAGUUCACCAUUCUAUUUAUUUAGUAAAUCUAACCAUUUUGUUGAGGCAAUAUUUUCAUACCUAUGCAAGAAUAUAAAAGUACCCCAGCUUGCACCAAUUGAGUUCCCUGGAGAAGAGUUGAUAAAAGUUCCAGGGAAAAUUUUUCCUAAUGUGGGAAUUACCUGAUGAGCCAAAGAAAGUUUGGCUGUCUUAAUACUUAAACUCCAAUAAUCAUUCCUCAUACUAUUAAAUAAAGGCUUAACUAAGCCUUUAUAUAGGAGGAAAUGUUUCUUUAUGCUUCCUGAGAAAUGCAGUUGCCUGCAGCCCACAUAUUCAACACUUUUCUUUGAUUCAGCCUCAAAAGAAUAGUGGGGGGAAAAAAAAGAAGAAGAAGAAAACAUUUGUAAAAAAUCAUUGCUGAUUCAAGCUUAAGAUUAAAAUAUGAAAUUUUAGCUUGGAUGAUUUACAUUAAAAUCCUUCAGUUUGGUCUCAUUCCCAUAUUAAGAAUGAUGUGAAUUCUAUUCCAUUUCUGCCCUUCAAAGUUUGCAAAUAGAUUUCAGACUUACAAGCAAUAGGACUAACAAAGUGUUGGCUGUUCCAAAAGUUAAGAAAUUGGUAGUAGGGUCUGUAACUUUAAAAGAAAUAAAGGAAAUAAACCUAAAACUGUCCAUGUAAUUAAAAAAAAGAAAGAAAGAAAGAAAGUUAGGUUGAGUAGCCCCUAUCUGAUGCUUAAGUGUUUUAGAAUUCCAGUUUUUUCCAAUUUGAGAAUAUUUGCAUGUACAUAAUGAGGUCUUGGCAAUGGGACCCAAGUCUAAAUAUGAAAUACUUUUAUGUUUCAUAUACACCUUAUACACACACCCUGACAGUAAUUUUAUACAGUAUUUCUAGUGUGCCUACAUUUUGUGUCCUAAAACAUGAGAUCAGGUGUUGAAUUUUCAAUUUGUGGCAUCAUGUCAGUGACCAAAAAGUUUCAGAUUUUGGACUUUGAAUUUUCAGAUUAGGGAUGCUUAACCUCUACUGACAUGUUAGAAUAAGCUGAAAUAUUUAUACGUGGGCUAAAAAUAAAUUUUUCUGAAUCUGAUCCUAUGUAUAAUAACCAUUUGGGAAAGUAGAAAUGAUUACCUCACAAGCAAGAUGAUAAAAUUAUCUUCGUGUGUUAAAUUAUAAUACUUAUUAUCUACUAAUUGAAAAAUCUAUUCUCUUUUUGUGCAUACUUAAUAAAUACUGUUUAAUAUCUCUUAAGCUUUCAGAGAUUUUAUAGAUAUUAUGAUGAUUACAAAGCAGUUAAAUAGUUACAGUGUGCUAGAUCUUGCCCCAAAUUUUCAGACACUAGCCACAUCUAAGCAAUCCUGCAUAAUAAAUUUACAUCUUGAAAAACAAGUCUGGUAAGAGGAGCACAAUACCAGAGAAAAGAAAGAAAGCAUUGCUGUGUGCACUGCAGAGCAGGUGCAGUGCUGUAUAACAGCAGUGUUUGCUCUCCAUUUCUAGAGAAUUUCAAAACAGGGUGUCUUUAGACUUCAGUUCUGGCAGAGAUUUUUUUUUUAAGGUAGCUUUUGAGUUUCUCUUCUUUUAAUUCAUCACCAACUUUUGGUGAAAUGAUAGAAAGGGAUUUAUCUACCCAAAAAGGCAUCUGCGAUGCUUGACAUUUUUAGUGGGGUCAGAAGUAGGAUAGAAACAGACCACUAAAAAAUUUCUAAUAUAUCAUCACUGUUGAAAUCUGACUAGACCAGGGUCCAGAUGCCAUACAGACCAGGCAGGAAAUACACCUAGUGUGAAAGACAGUAGGGAGUUGUGGGCAGUAUAACAAACAAGAGAGCUAAGUCCCAACUAAAAGGGUAAGCUGCAACUACUUAGUUUCAGCCAGUUGUAACAAUAUGUAAGAAUGUAAACUGUAUGAUUGAUAAAGAGUGCCAAAUGUCUGGGGAUAUAGUGCAACAGUAGAGUAUACACAGCAGGUGCAAGGGUGCUGGGUUCAAUCCUCAGAACUGCAAAAGAAAAGAUACUGAAAACAACAAAGAAUGUGGUAAAAUAACAUAGUACAAAUAACAAGAGACAGUACUAUAUGCUUUCCCAAAGGUAUGGGCUUCCCAUCACUCCAGUAUCGUGCACCUUCUCAUUCAGAUAGAUUCAACCUAUCAGGAGAUUUUGCUAUUCACUUGUGGGUGGUAGGGGAUCAUACUUAAUAUCCUCCUGUCCCACCUUGACUCCCCCUUCCACCUGUUUUAGUAACUCUGGCUAUGUGCCCAUCUACUUAACAGGUGCUAGUAACAGGAACAAAACAUUAUGGGUAAAAUUUCUGAGUGUUUAAUAACAAGACCCAGUGAAGUAGGUUGCUUUUCAGCAAGUACAGACAUUAAACUAAAAAGAGUACGUUUCUGCAUUUCACUCCUUGAUCUGAGUUUCUGUAUUUUCACACUGUCAAUGCAGCAAGCUUAUUUUUCUUUGACUUUCUACAUUAUUUCUUUCAACUCUGGGAGAAAACAAAACAAAUCCUAUUCAGUUACUCUUUGAACUGACAAAUGAAUAGAGGAUGUUAUUCUAUUUAAACAAAUUAAGGCACUCAACAGUAUUCUACAAAUUGAAUGUUUUGUAUCUUAUAUGCACACUUACUUUUUUAUAACAAACUUAAUUUUAUUACUUCCUAUCUACCAUUUGUUAAAACACACAUGUACAAUGGUUGUAUUGUUUGAUAUUCAAAAUAGUCAUAUGUUAUAAAUUAUCAUCUUUCCCUUUUAUACAUAUAAGGGAAAAAAGAAGCUUAUAUAAGGUAAUUUGCUCAAGUUCCUAAACUAAUAAAUGCAGAGAUGGGAAACACAUCUUGUUUGAUAAACUUAUGCCAAUUUUCUCCAAAGCUCUCAAAAAGUAAUGGGUGUUAUUUUAGCCUAUAUGUGGUGUAACAUACUGAUAAUCAUAAUGGGUACAAAGGAAAGUGUUUAGUGGGUUUUUUU